CACAGACCCCAACCUGUGGUGGCCUGCAGCUCCGGCCUCAUCGUCAUCCUCAGCCACAGCCAUGGCUCAGAUGAUGUCUCUGAGCCUCCUUGUCCUGGUCCUGGCCCUCUGCAUCCCCUGGACCCAAGGUAGUGAUGGAGGCGCUCAGGACUGCUGCCUCCGGUACAGCCAGAAGAAGAUUCCCUACAACGUAGUCAGAAGCUACCGGAAACAAGAGCCGAGCUUGGGCUGUGCCAUCCCGGCGAUCCUGUUCUCACCCAAGAAGCGCUCUCAGCCCGAGCUCUGUGCAGACCCGAACGAGGGCUGGGUGCAGAGGCUCAUGCAGCGCCUGGAUGAUCCACCAGCCCCACGGAAGCAAGUCCAGGGUUGUAGGAAGAACAGGGGAGCCCCCAAGCCAGGAAAGAAGGGGAAGGGCUCCAAAGGCUGCAAAAGGACUGAACUGACACAGACCCCAAAAGGCCCAUAGAUCACAGUCCAGCCUGGAGCCUAGGAGACCCCCCUCCCCACGCCAACAUCAUCAAGGCUUUGAGUCCAAACCCGAGGGCAAGAACGGGCCUGGAAAACAAGAAGGACCUCAGGGGCCCUGGAGCAGCCGCCUCAUGCUGGCCCUGUCCACGCCCGUCUCCUGCUUCACCCAUUCUACUGGCGUUCGCACCCUUUCUUGCUUAGCUGAGCUGCCCCGCCCUCCCUGGCCCAGGCCCAGAGAAGCAGAGGAAGGAUACCGAGGAGACAGCUGGACUGUCCCGUCUGGGAGGUUACACGGGACCCAAGACCUGACCUCGCUCUCCACAGCACUCCAUCCUUAAGACCCUUGUAAAUAUGAUGUGUACCUAACUGAAUAAAAAGCUGUUCCAACCCAAA